AUGCCCGCCACACAAAAGGAAAUGCAGGAUGCUCGUCUUCCUCUCGGCUACCGCGAUUUCUGCGCCGACCUCUUGAUCCCCCUCAACAAGUGUCGCUCCGAGACCUACUACCUCCCAUUCAAGUGCCAGGACGAACGCCACAUCUAUGAGAAGUGCCAAUACGACGAUUACUUGCGCAGAAUGAAGGCAGCAGAGGACAAGAAGCGCGAAGCCGCCGACGAAUAG